AUGGCUAUCCAGGCGCACGAGACUGUCCAAGGCGACAGCGUUUACGGACCUGGCACCUAUAUCGACAAAACGGUUCUCUCGGUUCCCGAGGAUGCUCAACGUAUCUUGAAGCUGCUCGCCUCACGGACGCCGGGCUUCAACCAGGAUCCUGCCUUUUUGGAUACCGUCAAGUUCGAAGGACGUCCGACCCCCAUGAUCCCGGGUCCGCUCAAAGCACCCGUUUUAUCCGCGGCUUUGCAUGCAAUGUGUGGCUUGGUUGCGAAUGAGCUGCUCGAAAUUCGUGAUGGGACAUCAGUCAAAGACGCGAGUGUGACUGUGAACACCGAUCAUGCGGGCAUGUGGCUGGGGAAGACAUUCACAGCCUACGUGAACGGAGAAGACAUCUCGACUCUGGCCCGCAGGCGUGCCCUGUCGAAGAUCUUUGAUCGUGACUUCGAACAAGGGUUCGGAGUCGGUCCUCUUGCUGGUAGAGCGACUGCACUAUAUCCCACCAAGGACUAUAAUGUCUGGUAUCAGCUUCAUGGGUCUUUGGAUGCAAGCAAAACUCUUAAGUCGAUGGGCAUUGACAUGGAUGUACCUCUGAAGGACUUCAAAGAGGGCUAUGAUUAUAUCCGCGAGCAUAUUCAGAAGUGGAGUCCCGAUGAACUGGAAAUGCACAAUGUCCGACAUGGACUGUGUGGAAGUAUUUGUUACUCCCCGGGAGGAUGGAGAGAGACCGAGAUGGGCAAGCGCCUUGCCGAAUAUCCCCUUGUCAACUACACCCACGAGUCGUAUGCACGACCAACGCCGGCUGUGCCACUCCCAAUACUGCCAGAUCGCCGACCUUUGGCCGGCAUCAAAGUUCUGGAGAUGGUGCGCAUCAUCGCCGGGCCUACUGUUGGUGUCACCUUGGCCUCUCUUGGAGCCGAUGUUAUCCGAGUCAACUGUAGCAAGCUCCCCGACCUGAAUGCUCUUCAAUUGACUCUUAAUGCUGGAAAACGCACCGUCGACCUUGAUAUCAGCAAAGAGAGCGACAUGACGCAGCUCAAGAGACUCCUGGAAGGAGCAGAUGUAUUCGUUCAGGGCUUCCGUUACGGCUCCCUAGAUCGAAAGGGUCUAGGCCUGCGAAACAUGCUCGACCUGGCAGCAAAGCGAAACAAAGGCCUCAUCUACGUCGAUGAAAACUGCUACGGCCCCGCCGGUCCCUUCGCGGAAAGGCCCGGCUGGCAACAGAUUGGUGACGCAGCCUCCGGCGCUUCAUAUGUGAUGGGUAAAGCACUCGGGUACGACGAGGGGACUAGCGUGCUCCCCCCUCUCCCGAUCUCCGAUAUGACGACGGGUAUAGUCGGCGCAUUGGCGACAUUGCUGGCUCUUCGUGAUCGUGCACGACAUGGGGGCUCGUAUCACGUUGUCAGCUCGCUGGUUGCAGGAGACACAAUCUUGGUUGACCCUGAGGUUGGACUGUAUCCCGUGGAUGUAGUGCAACGAACGCUUGACGAGUUCCAGUUUGAUCGUACCUCGCCGGAUCAAUUUGUAUCGGAGAUUAUGAUUCAGGUCAUCGAUGGGUGGAAGCGAGUGUUCCCGGAAUAUGUGGCACAGGAUUCGCCCUUUAUGACGAGCUUUGAAAGUACGCCGUGGGGACGGAUGGAGAUAUUGAAGCCGGUUGCACAGCUUGGGGAUGAGCCGGCUACGCCACAUUGGAGUUCACCUCCUGUGCCGAUCUGCCAAAAUGAUGGCAUGAUUAGUUGGGCUUGA